UUUCUACCGCGGAGCCGCCAUGAGUAUGCUCAGGCUUCAGAAGAGGCUUGCCUCCAGCGUUCUGCGCUGUGGUAAGAAGAAGGUAUGGCUGGAUCCCAAUGAAACAAAUGAGAUUGCCAACGCCAAUUCCCGUCAACAGAUUAGAAAAUUGGUUAAAGAUGGCCUGAUCAUCCGCAAGCCAGUGACUGUACACUCACGGGCUCGAUGCAGGAAGAAUACCCUUGCGCGGAGGAAGGGUCGACACAUGGGCAUUGGUAAGCGAAAGGGUACUGCUAAUGCCCGCAUGCCGGAGAAGCUGGCCUGGAUGAGGAGAAUGAGAAUUCUGAGGCGUCUGCUUCGCAGAUACAGGGAGUCUAAGAAGAUUGAUCGCCACAUGUACCACAGUCUGUAUCUGAAGGUGAAGGGUAAUGUGUUCAAGAAUAAACGCAUCUUGAUGGAGCACAUUCACAAGCUGAAGGCAGACAAAGCUCGCAAGAAGUUAUUGGCUGACCAGGCUGAAGCUCGCAGAACGAGGACCAAGGAAGCUCGUAAACGCCGUGAAGAACGCCUGCAGGCCAAGAAGGAAGAGAUCAUCAAGACUCUGUCUAAGGAAGAGGAGUCGAAAAAAUAAACUCAUUCUCUUGUACAGACUGGCAAACAAUUAAAGAUUGCUCAUCAUUCUA